AUGGCUUCCGGAGGCAAGGCUGUCGGUAUCGACUUGGGUACCACGUACUCUUGCGUUGCCUACUACUCAAAUGACAAGAUCGAAAUUAUUGCAAAUGAUCAGGGUAACCGCGUUACCCCGUCGUUUGUAGGUUUCACCGACACUGAGCGUCUGAUCGGAGAUGCGGCCAAGAACCAGGUCGCAAUGAACCCCCACAACACCGUCUUCGACGCCAAGCGCCUGAUCGGUCGCAAGUUCAGCGACUCAGAGGUCCAGGCCGACAUGAAGCACUUCCCCUUCAAGGUCGUCGACAAGGGCGGCAAGCCCAACAUCGAGGUCGAGUUCAAGGGCGAGACCAAGACCUUCACUCCCGAGGAGAUCUCGGCCAUGAUUCUCGUCAAGAUGCGCGAGACCGCCGAGUCCUUCCUGGGUGGCCAGGUCAACAACGCCGUUGUCACUGUUCCCGCCUACUUCAACGACUCCCAGCGUCAGGCUACCAAGGACGCCGGUCUCAUUGCCGGCCUCAACGUCCUGCGCAUCAUCAACGAGCCCACGGCCGCUGCCAUCGCCUACGGUCUUGACAAGAAGACCGAUGGUGAGCGCAACGUUCUCAUCUUCGAUCUUGGUGGUGGUACCUUCGAUGUGUCCCUCCUGACCAUUGAGGAGGGCAUUUUCGAGGUCAAGUCCACCGCUGGUGACACCCACUUGGGUGGUGAGGACUUCGACAACCGUCUCGUCAACCACUUUGUCAACGAGUUCAAGCGCAAGCACAAGAAGGACCUGUCCAGCAACGCCCGCGCCCUGCGCCGUCUCCGCACCGCUUGCGAGCGUGCCAAGCGCACCCUGUCGUCUUCCGCCCAGACCUCCAUCGAGAUCGACUCGCUGUUCGAGGGUAUUGACUUCUACACCUCCAUCACCCGUGCUCGCUUCGAGGAGCUCUGCCAGGACCUGUUCCGCUCGACCAUUCAGCCCGUCGACCGCGUCCUGACCGACGCCAAGAUCGACAAGUCCCAGAUCCACGAGAUCGUCCUCGUCGGAGGUUCCACCCGUAUCCCCCGCAUCCAGAAGCUCAUUUCCGACUACUUCAACGGCAAGGAGCCCAACAAGUCCAUCAACCCCGAUGAGGCUGUUGCCUACGGUGCCGCCGUCCAGGCCGCCAUUCUGUCCGGUGACACCUCUUCCAAGAGCACCAACGAGAUCCUGCUUCUCGAUGUCGCUCCCCUCUCCCUCGGUAUCGAGACCGCUGGUGGCAUGAUGACCAAGCUCAUCCCCCGCAACACCACCAUCCCCACCAAGAAGUCCGAGGUCUUCUCCACCUUCUCCGACAACCAGCCCGGUGUCCUCAUCCAGGUCUACGAGGGUGAGCGCCAGCGCACCAAGGACAACAACCUGCUCGGCAAGUUCGAGCUUACCGGCAUUCCCCCCGCUCCCCGCGGUGUUCCCCAGAUUGAGGUCACCUUCGACCUUGACGCCAACGGUAUCAUGAACGUCUCCGCCGUCGAGAAGGGCACCGGCAAGUCCAACAAGAUCGUCAUCACCAACGACAAGGGCCGUCUCUCCAAGGAGGACAUCGAGCGCAUGCUCGCCGAGGCCGAGAAGUUCAAGGAUGAGGACGAGGCUGAGGCUCGCCGUGUCUCCGCCAAGAACGGCCUUGAGUCGUACGCCUACUCUUUGCGCAACACCCUCAGCGACUCCAAGGUCGAUGAGAAGCUUGACGCCGAGGACAAGGAGAAGCUCAAGACCGAGAUCGACCAGAUCGUCACCUGGCUCGACGAGAACCAGCAGGCUACUCGCGAGGAGUACGAGGAGCGCCAGAAGGAGCUCGAGGGCGUUGCCAACCCCAUCAUGAUGAAGUUCUACGGCAGCGCUGGCGGUCCCCCCGGUGCUGGCGGUGCCCCUGGCGGCUUCCCCGGUGCUGGUGCUGGUGGCCCCCCCGGCUCCCACGAUGACGGCCCUACCGUUGAGGAGGUCGACUAA